AUGCCAAUGUAUCGGGCUGCCAAGCAAAUUCUAAGUAUCCUAAGAACCCUUGCUGCUCCAAGUAUCGAGCUUAUGCAGUGUUCUCUUCUGCUCGCAUUCUACGAGUAUAGCCAUGAGGAUCUUGGGCGUGCCUAUAUCAGCAUUGGAGAUGCUAGUACUAUGGCUCUGAUCCUACACGUGGGCCCCGGGAAAUACCUCGAAGCUGAGCGGGAGGCCUACGUCCCUUAUGAGGACGAAGAACGUCGCUGCGUUUUCUGGAGUCUCUUUGUGCUCGAUCGUUUGAUCCAAACGGAUUAUUGUCUUCUACAUAUGCCGUAUCAGAUACCACCUCCAGUUGUAUCUCCUCCCGCCGCCGAUGACCUUUUACCGACAAACCACAUAAUUUGGUACAACAAGGAUCAGUCGCCCUACUACUUCACUCAGCGAUAUCCCACGGAUACUGCGUUCUCGGUCCCUGUUGGGAUCUUUCAGAGGAAUUGCCAAUGCGCCAUACUCGAUACCCGAACAUCUUCCCCUCAAUACCAUCCUGAUCGAUCAGCCUAUAAGUUGGCCAGUCCUGCUGCCACCCCAUUGUCCUCCAGACAAUAUCAUUCGAACCUAAAGGGGUCCACUUCAUCCCCCCCGUUACUGUUCGGGACCCAUACAUCGACAUGGGAACCCGAACAUGUAGAAGUUCCCAGUCAGUACGGGGAUGGUAUAGUAACGCCCAAGCGUACAAGCGAUAUUACUGCAUCUCUUUUAUCUUUUCAAAAAGACAUAAACGACCUGGAGUUGCAGAAUGAGAAGAUAAUGGAGACACAUAUACUGCAUUUGAACGAAUAA